AUGUUGAAGAUCUCAUUGCUUGCAAGGGACAACACCAGCAAGCCCAAGUACUUGGAUGAUGGGUUCAAUUCACUCUCGGAGAGUAGUAGUAGUAUCACUUCAGAGAGGAUCCAUCGUGCAGAUGAAGCCAGUGGAUUGUCGAUGAUGCAAACCUUGAUUCACUUACUGAAAUGCAACAUUGGCACAGGGCUCCUGGGACUUCCUCUGGCCAUGAAAAAUGCCGGCUUAUUGGUCGGUCCUGUCAGCCUGCUGGCCAUCGGGAUCCUCACCGUGCAUUGCAUGGUCAUCCUGUUGAAUUGUGCUCAUCACCUAAGUCAGAGGCUGCAGAAGACUUUUGUGAACUAUGGAGAAGCCAUGAUGUACAGUCUCCAAACCUGCCCAAAUGCCUGGCUGAGGACACACUCAGUGUGGGGAAGGUACACUGUCAGCUUCUUAUUAAUCAUCACCCAACUGGGCUUCUGCAGUGUUUAUUUUAUGUUUAUGGCAGACAGUUUACAACAGAUGGUGGAAGAAGCCCACGUGACCUCCAAAACCUGUGAACCCAGGAAGAUCCUGGUGCUGACCCCCAACGUGGACAUUCGCUUCUACAUGUUGACGAUCCUGCCCUUCCUGAUCCUGCUGGUGUUUAUCCAGAAUCUCAGGGUGCUGUCCAUCUUCUCCACGUUGGCCAACAUCACCACCCUGGGGAGCAUGGCUCUGAUCUUUCAGUAUAUCAUGCAGGAGAUUCCAGAUCCCAGGAAUCUACCCUUGAUGGCAAGCUGGAAGACCUUCUUACUGUUCUUUGGUACAGCCAUCUUCACAUUUGAAGGCGUCGGCAUGGUUCUGCCUCUCAAAAACCAGAUGAAGCAUCCACAGCAGUUUUCCUUUGUUCUAUACUUGGGGAUGUCCCUUGUCAUCGUCCUCUACAUCUGCCUGGGGACACUGGGCUACAUGAAGUUUGGGUCGAACACCCAGGCCAGCAUCACCCUCAACCUGCCCAAUUGCUGGUUGUACCAGUCAGUCAAGCUGAUGUACUCCAUUGGCAUCUUCUUCACCUAUGCCCUCCAGUUCCAUGUCCCAGCUGAGAUCAUCAUCCCCAUCAUCAUCUCCCAGGUGUCAGAGAGCUGGGCGCUGUUUGCAGACCUGUCUGUCCGCACAGCCUUGGUCUGUCUGACCUGUGUCUCAGCCAUCCUCAUCCCCCGCCUGGACCUGGUCAUCUCCCUGGUGGGCUCCGUGAGCAGCAGUGCCCUGGCCCUCAUCAUCCCUCCCUUCCUGGAGCUCAUCACCUUUUACCCUGAAGACAUGAACUGUAUCACCAUUGUGAAGGACAUCAUGAUCAGCAUCCUAGGCCUUUUGGGGUGUGUAUUUGGAACAUACCAAGCCCUCUAUGAAUUGACCCAACCCAUCAACCAUUCUGUAGCCAACUCCACAGGUGUCUAUGCAUAAUGAUCUAUUUUUAUUCUGAUAGUUCUCCCAUAUUCCGAUUCCCAGUUUGCCUUCUGUUGUGGAUGUUAUAUACAUUCAUCAAACCCCAGCAUCUCUAUAUUAAUUAGUGGCUUCUUUAUCUUUCCAAGAGAAAUGUAGAUGAUACAAGUCAGUACUGGUACCUCUCAGGCUAUGUCUUUUCUGGUUUUUGGAUUUCUCUGGAGGCCUUUUGUACCUGUGAACCAAAACCACAUUCAACCACUUGUAUUAUCUGCCUCAUUUAAUGGGAAAAAGAAUGCCAUUUGCCCACGUCCUUGAAACAGACCAAGCAUAAAUAUAAAUGCAAAAGCAGUUAUUCUCUCUAUUCUACCCUUGAAGUAUCAGGUUUAGAAAAGUAUGUUGGGUGAAGACGAGUUUCUGUGGUUUCUAGAUAUGGUUCUAAGUGAAGAGUCACAGAGCAAAAAUAGAACUUAGUAAUUUUGUCUAGCCAUUGGCUCUGCCACUGAUUUCCUGUGGGAUCUUGAGCAAGUUUCUCCCCUUCUCCAUCUCAUUUUCACAUUCUUUGAAAUGAAGGAUUGGACUGAUUGGCUAUUAAGGGCUCUUAUAGCUCUGACAUUCUGAAAGAAGAAAAAAAAAAAAGAAAUGGACUUAUCCUUUAACCACAUGUGUGAAAUGGAAGGGCUUUCCAUCAGCAAGUUACCCUGUUGCCCUGGAGAUAUGGGAUCCCAGAAGUAAAUUAAGGGAUAAAAACAUUUCUUAGCAAUCUUUCAUUACAAAUGACUCUCCUACUUAGAAGGAUAUCAGCUCUCUCUUUCUCUCCCUCUUCCUCUCUCUCUCUGCCCCCCUCUCCCUCCCCCACCCAUCCUACCUUCUCAGAUACCUUAAGACCACUUAGAGCUGAUUUAGGCUAAAGAGACUGAGCAGUUUGUGUGACGGAAAG